AUUGUAUAAAAGCUGCAUAUCCCUUUUGUCAGUUCCAGCAAGACCUCAGGACUUCGAUAGAGGGCUGACAGGCGGUGCUCGGUUGGCAGGUGCUUCUAUGUCAAAGACUGGUGUUUCUGAGGAACAGCUUACAAAGUAAUGCCUCUCUCUAGGCUACUGGAUAAUGGAUUUCACUGCAGAUUUACACCGAAUGAAUCAGACGCAGGACACAUGUACGCCAGCAACAUUAGCGCAGCUACCCCCUUAAAGGUGUUUUAAUCAGUUUUCUUACAUCUUCUAGCACUAACAACAUUAUCACUGUCCCCAUUGAAAUUCAUUUUCUUAGAUCUUGCUAUUAUACCGACAUUUGCAGUCAGCUGUGUUUAAUCUCAGUCGUGUUGUGGCAAGUAUAGACCGUGGAUGUAUUCCAAUGUUUCUGCAUGCAUGGACUCAGGGUUCUGCGUGAGUCCUUCGCGCUGCACUCAAAAAAAAAAACUCCAACUCCCAGAAUGCACCCCACAAAAACUACGGAGUCCCGGAUGCUGUUGACAGGCAAGCCCGUCCCGUGGUAGGUAAGCAGCUAGCAUAGGCAAAGCAGCUGGGGUGGGCAGAUACCAGAAGACUAGGAGGGCAGUAUUCACUGGUGAAAACGUAUUCCACUGCAUCUCGCCCUUCUCCUUUCUUUCUUCCUCUCAAUUCGCUACGGAUCUAUAACCGAUAAUCGUGCACCUUGAAGAGCGAAGAGCUUUGCGUGUCGCGUUUCUUUUUUCUUGGCGUUUUUUUGUUUCUUGUGUGUUGAGCCAAGCUGCGGUUUGGUUUUUUUUUUUUUAUUGAGACACGGACAAGAGGAGAGAAGAGAGAGGAGAGAGCGCUAUGCACUCGGGCUGACAUGUAAAAUGCUGUCUGUUAAGGUCGUUCGUGCAGCAGAUGGUUCGAUGAAUCCGAGUGGAAAAGAGGAGAUUCAGAAUAUCGCUCGGACCGAGCCUCAGCAAGAAGGGCAGGUCGGCAGCGACGACGCCGUUAAUUCACCGCAGCCCGAUGCUGGCUGCAGGCCGGUCCCAGUUGGGGGUGUGUUGAAUGGGGUAUUCCCGGCAGAGCAGCCCACUUCCCCCUGUGUGAUUCUGAGAGAGGAGGAGGAGGAGGAGGAGGUGGAGAAGGGUGCCGGGACUGGAUAUCAGCGCAGAGAGCUCGCCCGAGUCCGGGACAUCAGGUGCAAUGGGAGGACAGGCACAGGGGAAGAUCCCUGCAUCAGCUUUCUGGACUCCCAAGCCAUGAAGAAGGACAGAAAGCCACAAACCAGGGCGUGCACCCCCCUCCCCAGGGCAUGCACCCCCCUCCCCAGCCUGGAGCGGAGCCCCGAGGGGGGAUGCAACUCCCUCGACCCACCAAAGAGUCCCGAGCUGGCCUGCCAGGGAAGCUGGACCAACCAGCAGUCUCUGCUCCCUCCAGAGGGGUGCAACGGAGACCCCUGCCCCUUACCCUUGCCCUCUAGCCCCCUGGGAAUGCCUGACAGCCCCGACCCCUGCCUGUUGUACGGGAUUAAACAACCCCCAGCUAGGGGGCACCCCUCUUCUUUAGAUCAGCUGGAAGCAUUUGUGGAAACCCAGGAGACAGUGGAGGUGCUGGAAGAGAAUCAGGACAGAGAGCUAAAGAGCUUCCACAGCUCGGCUCUGCUCUCCUCGGGCAGGAGCAGCAUGGACAGCAUCCUGACACUGCUGCAGAGGAAGUGCGGGAACGGGAGAAUCAACCUGUGCCCUGUGGUGCAGCUCAUAGACAUCACCAAGGACCUGGGCAGGCUCUCCAGGGGCCUGCAGACCAGCAGCGUGAGACUGGACUGCGGGGGCUGGAGCGAGGGGGGCAGCGGUGGGGAGGAGCUGCUGGGAGAGAGUGGAGGGGAGAGCACAGAACUGCUCUACAGCUUCCACUCCACACCCUCACUGGCCAACGGCAUCCGCAGCCCUGGGGAGAGGCUGCACAAGAGACCCAGGAUCGGGCCCAAAGGACGGAGGCAGCACCUGCUUCAAUGGCAGCUUGAACUCCAGAAGCCAACUGAGAUAGAACGACCCCCGCAGAGCGAGGGACCCAAGACGUCCCCAGAACCAGAACCAGAACCAGAGCCAGAAGCAGAGCCAGCAAGGGUAGCACAUGAUCCUUCCCCGGUCCGUUUAGAAGUGCCCAGUGAGAUCCAAGCCCCUCCUGAGCCUCUCCCGUACAAGUUGCCCCUUUCCCCAGCCACCAGCCAGCAGGUCACCCCAGAAUGCCAUCCCAAUACUGCCGUUACCACCACACCUAGCACUGCUGCCCCUGCAGAAACAGUCAGCACCCCCCCAGAGAGCCAGCAGAGCUCCACAGAGAGGGGGCAGAAUCCCUCCGCCUCGACCCCCGACCGAGAGAGGAAGUACGCGCUCAGGAGCUCAGACAGGCCAAAGAUCCCGUGCCAUCUGAGGAAGUCUUCACGGCUGAGACGGGCAUUGGAAGAGGUUCACAAGGACAUUAAGGAGACAACCCCCAAAGAGGAGACUGUAGAAAUGCCAGAAAAGACUCCCAAACCCAAGGAGGUUGAAGCAGCAGGAGAAAAGGAGGAGGUGUGCGAGGAGAAAAAGCCCCCAGGAUUGGAAAGCUUUGAGGCUCUCCCCAGGUUUCCUACGUUGAGUGAAGGGUCUGUGAGGGAAGGGUCCUCGACUACCCGAGGCAGGCGGAAAGGAAAGUGCGUGGGCAUCCGGAAGAUUGUGGUGAAGGUCGCCCGCAUCCCAGUGAACAUGAGCCGGCGCCACAAGAGCUACAAGAUCUCUUCCAUGGAGACCCCCGCGCAGCAGGACAGGGCUGGGGAAACAGAGGGCGGGGAGGGACCCCAGCGGGAGCCCACAGCGUUACUGAAAAUGAAAAACAAUGGCAAGAAUGUGAUGGUGAUGUUCCCCCCAGGGAAGCUGCCAGUGAUCCUGAAGAGGCGGCGUGGGCGUCCACCCAAACAGGUUCCGCCCGGGCAGUCGGACCCCAAAGAGGUCAAGACAGAGGAGGGGAAGAAGCCACGGCGUCGCCGCAGGGUCAAGCUGCCCUCUCCUCAGCCCUCCUAUGCAAAUGACACCAACGACGCCAAGACCGACUACGGAGAUGUCCUCUCCAAACUGGCCUUCCUCAACCGGGAGCCGCCCACCACCGGCCGCUGCUCCCCUCCCCGCUGCUCCACCCCCAGCGAGCCGGAGACCCUUCAGCAGCCUCUCGACACCCCCAACAUCUCCUCCCUGCUGCAGAGGCUGCAAGGCUUCCGUCGGCGAGGAGGCAGGGCGGGUUGCAUGGGAGGAAGAGGGGGGCUGGCUGGGUCUGCCGAGUCCUUCAAGAGAUCUUUCAGUGACUUCUUCGAGACUAUUGGGAAAAAGCGGAAAACGCCGACCUCCGACCCUGAUCACCCCCGCAAGAGGGGCAAGGCUGCGCUGGGGGACCCCAGCAGCAUUCCUUCAGCUGAGAAAGUGUUUCGCAAGAGACGCCCUCGAAAGAACGGAGUCCUGAAGGAGCCUGGAGCACACCAGGAUUCGGAGUGGGCCAGCGGGAAUGGCUGGGCUUCCAGAACAGAUGGGCGGCCAAGCCAAGCAGACUUCGGAUACCAAAAAGUGGCUUUGCCUCGGGGCUUUGCGCCAUGCGAUCCUGGGAAAGUAGGCUACUACCCGUCUCAAGCUCAAGGCAACCCCGAAUCUCAAGGGCUGUGCGCCGGGUAUUUCCGCUCCCUCCUGGACUCCGAUGACUCUUCCGACUUGUUGGAUUGCUCUUUGUCUUCAUCGUCAGGAGCAUCGGGACGCGCUGAAUCCCGCAAGGUUCCCAGGUGUUAUGAAGCUGGGAACCCCACACAGACCCAGCGGUGGUGUCCUGGCUACCCCAAGAGGGGCCCCAAAGCCAGCCCAUCAAACUGUGAAGGCCCCUCCCAGACCUCCAACCCGCCAAGGCCUCCCUAUUCACAUGGUGGCAACUACAAUCUCUCUCAGACCUCGCCUACGUCCUUCCAGAAGCUCGUUCCACCACUCUCCCUCUCCAGGUCCCCCAGCUCCCCACACCCUUCUGGAAGUUUCCCCCAGUACAGUGGCUAUGGCUCUGGGUCCCAGUCUAAUCUCCAGCCAUUGAAGCAGUAUGAGGGCCAGAGGACAGCUGACUGCAGCUUCCCAUACGCUGGCAGUGGCAACAGCAAGGCACUCCAGGCAUCCCCAAGCAGCUCUUCUCAUGUCGGCUACUCCGGCCACCAAGGCACCAAUCCUUUGGGCAAGUCCUUGUAUGGUGGCUUCCCAAGCCCUGGGGCAGCAUCUCCUGGUAGCUUCAUGCUGACGAAGAACACAGCCAACUCCUUCCCCUUGUCUCCCGAAAGCUGCAGGCAGUACUCCCAGUGGGGGCACCGGCCCAGCUACCCAGGGAGUGGGAACACGGAGGCUUUCGGGCUGCAGUACCUCAGUUCUUUCGACUACAGCGCCUGCACCGAGCCCAAAGACAUCCUGGAUAUCUCCAACUACACGCCUCAGAAGGCCAAGCAGCGCUCCUUCUCAGAGACCUUCUCAGAGUCCUCUUCGGACAGCUCUCACUUUGGGCAGCCGGGGGCGGCUGGGUCUUGCAAGCUGCAGGACCACCCUGCCUCUGGCGAGGGACAGUCCAGCCUGUCCAGCCUGGAGAAGCUGAUGAUGGACUGGAAUGAGAGCUCCUCAGGCCCCUCCUACAGCUGGAACCAGAGCGUCCUCUUCCAGGGGGGUUCCAAACCUGGGCGGGGGAGGCGGAAAAGGACUGAUGCCCAGGGAGAGAGCUGCCUUCUGGGCUUCCCACCAGUCUCCACUCCCUCCAGCUCAUCUUCUCCCAUUCCUGGCACCAAAAGGAGCGCCACUGGGGCCAGGCAGCCCAGGGGGUCUCGUGGAGCCUUCCCUUCCUGCAGACGGGACCGUGCCGCUCUGGUGAAGCCCAAGGCUCAGAAACCAGCCGCCCAGGCUUCAGCAAUGCCCCUCUACCAGGACAGCCCAAACCUCGUGGUGGACUAUUACAGUGGAGACAGCAGUAGCAUGUCCCCUCUGUCCUCGCAGUCCCAAAGCAUGGGCCUGGGGGAGAGGGAGCAGUGCGGAUACUCCAGCCCCUACUCAGUCAACCCCCCCACCCCCUCCUCCUCAGAGGACAAGUUUCUGCAGAUGUUCCACAGCGAGGCCGCCUGUCUCUCCCCGGUCAUGGGCUUACAGCCCGACCCCAAGCCCUUCCAUGCAGCCCCUACCAAACCUCUGCACCCGUACGCAGGGCCUCCAAAGGCCUUUUCCCCCAGCUGCUCCCCAACCUUAGCCUUCAACAAGGACAACCCCCUGCCCUGUGACUUCCGAAGGCUCCUGCCUUGCGCUGCUCAGAGUCCCCACCGAGCCAGCAAGGACCUCCCUGGAUCCCAGUAUGACUCCCCCACCUACAGCAGCUCCUCUUACUGGUACCAGCAGCCAAGCGACUCCUUGUCCGGCAGCCCACACCACUACGACAAGCGGGAGGAGUUUGUGGAACGGACCGGUGCAGCGGGUAGCCCGCAGAUCCUCAAUCCCAUCUCCCUGGGCAGGACAGAGAAAGAGAAGGAGGUUGAGAACGAGGCCCUGGAGAUGGGGAGGCCACACAGGCCAGCUGCUGCUGCCACCACCCACUCCUCCUCUUCUUAUCCCCCCGCUCUGGAACUGAACUCCCAUCCGUCUGCUAGUGAGCCCGGCUUCCACCUGCCGCCGGAGAGUUUCCAGCACCGCUACCCCCCCCUCCAGAGCCAGGGACAGACCGGCCUGUGGCCCCCCCCUCACAGAGAGGUCCUCAGCCACCUGCUGGACCAGCACACGGAGGACUUGUUCACUGUCACCAGCCUAUAGGGACUGGGGAGGGAGGGUGGCACCGCUGCAGGGAAGCCAAGGCUUUGUUUAUAGGUAUGAGAAUCACCUGGCCGUGCGCGCGAGAGCUGCACUGCUGAGCUUUCACUGUCCAGGUCUCAGAAAGAUGAACUAUAGAAAGGGUCUAUUCAAUGGAUAUGUAAAGUGACGGAUCUAAAUGACCACCUUUAAAUCAUUACAAGGGGGCUUUGUGAGAAUCUCCAACAGUGUGCGAGUGUCUCUAGUGUUUUUUUUUUUUUUUUAUUGUAUUUAAAAGUUAUUGAAAUGUGAGGUUUGUUCAAAUGUAAUAUAUAAACAGUGGCAUUUCUUUUAGACCCCUCACUGGUAAGAUCACUUGUAUAGACCCCAAACUGUUUAACUAUACAGGAAGAAAGAUAACCUGUAAGAUCAUGUGCUAGCGAGUUAAGAAGCACGAUGAUGUUUGCUGUUGAAUUAUUCGGGGUGUUUUUGGUGCUGUGUUGUUUCUUGCCUGUAGGAUAAAUCAGAACGGUAUCCUUGUAAUCCACAGCCCUGGACCUGGGACGCUGCUGGAGUGCAGUGCAGAUAUUGGUGAAUCUAAAUCCGGGUUCCUGUGAACUCUAUAGCAAAUUCAUCAUAGCAAACAGAACCAUUCCACGACUCUUCAUAAUUUUACACUUCCGUUAGCAACUGUGCACACAGCUUUGAAAGACCCACAUGUUGUAGCAAACGUGUAUUUUAAUUUUAAAACAUGAUCUCUGGUUACUUUAGGCUGAAGGAAGCUGUGUUUCUGGCUCUUUUUCUUGGGUAUCUGUUUGCCCUCCCCAGGUCAUUUCCCCUCAGCAGUGUCUCCUGGGUCAUGUUACUGGCUGUCAUGUCAGUCAAUAGGGGAAGCAGCCGAUUCUUACACAGCUCUGGCCAAACGUUUUGCAUCACCCAAAGAAUGAACUAAUUUCGCUUCAUAAAGUCAAAUGAAACCAGCUGAAUAAUGUUACCUUAACAUAUUGAAUUACACACCGCUUUGUGAUUUUCCAUAUACUUCACGAUGAACUGGCAAAAAUAGAAAAAUGCAACAUUUCGAAAUCUAACAUGAAAUAGUGCACUACUAUUAUGGCUUCCGGUAGACAUUUGCAAUAUCAUUCUGUAGUUUCUUUGAUUACAUUCUGUUAAAUAAAAGAUCUAAAUUAUAGUCGUAUAGUUUUUUUUUUUUUUUAAAUUACAAUCCUAAAGUUGUAGGUGAUGCAAACUGUUUGUCCACAGCUGUAGACAGGAACAAUGGCAGUGAAGAGGCGGGGACAGUUUCACUCUGCACGUGAAAUGACCCACAAACUACAAGACAGUCAAAAAGCAUGGCUUUCACCAAGAGUUUAUCCCAAACAUCAUGUCUGAAAUGGAAACCCAUGCUUGUGUGACAGGUGUUUAAUUCCUCUGCCAUGCAGAUCUAUUUUUCUGAACUAUGUUGUGAGCUGCAGGGGGUGAUUCACUGCCCCCCUUGUUAACAGUGUCACGUUUAGUACGAAUCAGAUCUUAUGGUAAUAAACAGCAGACUGAAGUGGUUCAGAUUGAUGCAAAGUAGGGAAAUGACCAGUUGCAAAUAUUUGCAUUUAAGCAGCCGUGCAGAAUGGAAGCCCAGUGUUCAAACAAGCGCUUCGAUAAAGGUUAUAAAAGGGUUUGCUGCACAGUGUGAUAAUUCUCUGUCAUUCUUUACCGUUCCUUUCAAUCACUGUUCGCCCUGCUUUCUAACAACUGCAGCAAGCAGAUCUUCUCAAAAGAUCGUGAGGUGGGGAAGCAUAAUAGCGCUGCGCUGAAGCCCAUACGUGAGGGCCACUGUCCCUCCUGGUUUUUGUUCCAACUGUACCCUAAAUUAAUUAAUUGGACCAAUUAAGCUUCUAAUAAGUAAUUUAGGGUACAGUUGGCUGUACACUAAUUUCAUUUUUUUUGUAUGGGGGGAGUUUUAUCGUUUUUUAUCAGUUAAAAACGAAAAUCAGAAGCCCUAAAUAUAAUGAAGUGCUUUAAACCUGAAAGAGCGUCCUCUGAUUAGUAACUGAGGGUACUGGUGGAAUAAGACCAUCCCUGUUCCUAAUAAAUUGGCCACUCGGAGAAGAUCACGCAGAUUGAAAUACAGGUGCUCCUGUCUACUGGGUCCCUAGAAUGGAAUCUGACAUGGGAUACAUUGUUGUUAUUGUUCAGUGGGAUCACAUGAGUGGGAUGACAUGCUUACUGGGACUGGUCUCCAAUGUGUCUUUGCUUCCAGUCCAAUCCAGUGGCGUGCUGCUGAAAUUCAGCACGGAGCUGCGUGUUGGGAGUUCAGACAAUACUGCCAUCUAUACGUGUUUUAAAACCAUUUAAAAUGUCUGAAAUCAUUUCACAUUUCUAUUGUUGUUUUGAUUUGGACUCCAAAAAAGAAUCCUUGAAUUAAUGGAUUUAAUAUAAAACAUGUACAAAUGUUAUUGCUAUUUAUUGUACAAGUGUACUUGUGGUAUAAGAGAAUUCUGAAUGAUACUUAAGCUCUUAAGUGAUAAUAUCGCUGAUGAUUGGUUAACACUGUAAAACCACAUGAAUGCAGUGACAAAUAAACAAUUACUAGCAAUUACUAAAAAAAAAAGCUGCUCCCCAAGUUUGCAUUUUUACAAUGCCAUCUGGAGAUGGAAGCUGCAUGGCUGCCCACCAGACUGAUUCCUGGUCCCAGGUUACAGCGAGUGUUUCAAAGACAUUCGUGACGAGCUCUAGAGAUAAUGAGUGAAACACUCCUGGGGUUCAGUCCCUCCCCAGCCAUGAAGACCAAGCUCCCUUCUAAACACAUUCUUUAAAAAAAAAUGAUAUAUAUAUAUAGAUAAUGUUGCUAGUGCAAAUAAGAGGUAAGAAAUUGAUUUUAAAUCCCAAUAAUAAAACAAACUAAGACAUCUUUUUGAAAUAUAUGUAAUUUUAGCUCAGCACAUUUUGGACUUCUUUAAAGCUGUAGCCCACAAUUAAACACGGCACAGACAGCAGACUCCAAUGCAUUUCUGUAUCUCUCUCUCUCUUGCAGGUGUAAUUUAUCUUUUGCUUUUUUUUACUUGUUUUUUGUUUUAUUUAAGCCUGACGGAGGUUAUUACAUUUGUGGGAGUUUUUUUGUUUCUGUUUUUUUUAAUAACGAAAGGAAACUUGAACUUUGUCAAAGAACACGCAUCUCGGACGGUCCCUAGCAGAGACAAUCAAACAGAAAACAAAACAAGAAGUGACGGGGUGGACUGGAACGCAGUGCAGGCAGCUAAAGUACCUUGGAUUGGAUCGCAGUGGAAAGACAAGAGGUUCAGGGAAUUUCAAAACCACAAUCCUCUGGGCUCUCUUCUUCUCUCCUGAGUGAUUCAGCACAGCAGGUCCACCGUUCACAGGGAGCUGUGCAGCACUCACUGUCUCCUCUGAAGAGUCGGAACACCGCGGAGCAGCGGCCCUACAGCCCCUUCCUCCUCCUCCUCCUCCUCUGUCUGUAUGCCCUGUGACAGCGGAUGCUGCUGUUGUACACAUACAGAGUUGUGGACUACGGUUCAUGUCAUACCAGCAUAUGUAAAUAUACUUUAAAAAAUGACAAGAAAUGGUUAUUAUAAAUAUGCACUGAAAUGUUUAUUUACGUGACAAAAGCAAAUCUAUGGAAAGGGUUAUUCUUGAUGUAUUUAUUGUACAGCUGGUUUUCUUUGAGACUGUGUAUUGCAUAUUGCAUUCUGUUCAUCAGGUGGACUUUUGUGAUGUGAUUUUUAUGGCAUGUUUUGUUUUUAUUUUUUAUUUUUCAAACAAACAAAAAGAAAAAAAAACGAAUGCCGUGCGCACCCCAAAGAAAUGGAUUUCUGUGUUUGUUUUGUUCUUGUUUUGAGAUGGAUUUCACUUGCAGAGUGGACACUUUCCUCUCCUGCGGUCUCUGUUUCAUGGUCUGAACAGCGCUGGCUCUCCAUACAGCAGCCCCUUGAACUCUGUGUCAAACCUGCUCAUUUACUGACUGUGCUUAACUUGGAACGGGCUUCAAGGGUGUGUUAACUAUUCCGGCUGUUUGGAUUCACUUUGUAUCAUUUUCUGUUUCCGUUGUCAAACCCUGCUAACAUUUGUGAAGCCCCCUGUGGCCUCUAUAGAGCUCUCCGAAUCCAGUCUAACCUCCAAGUGCAGCCACGAGCCUGGCCCUGCAACACGCUGAUGUAAGGAAUACAGCAGUAAGAAAUAUCACAGAACAGAUGUGAUGUUUCUUCCAUCCUCUAGGGAAGGGUGUUGCAGGGGGGCAGGUUACCAGAUGUACUUGGAGAUUAGACAUGAUUCUGAGAGAUGGGCUUUAAUUAAACUGUUUCGUUUUAAAAAUGUACCAGAAAAUGCUCCAAAGGGAAUGAACAGGAAUGCAUUAGUGAAGGUAACUGUAUCUCUUACCCAUAUUGAGUCACUCUUUAAAAGUACAAACCAGGGCUCCCGAGUGGUGCAUCCAGUAAAGGUGCUCCUCGUGGAGUGCAGGAUGCGCCCUAUAGCCUGGACGUCGCUGGUUCGAGUCCAGGUUAUUUCUUUGCCGACCGAGGACGGGAGCUCCCAGGGGGUGUCGCUGAAUUGGCCGAGCGCCACCCGGGGGGGGGGGGGGGGGUUAGGUCGGCCAGGGUAUCCUCAGUUCACCAUGCACCAGCGACCACUGUGGUCUGGCCGGGGGUGGUAGCGGUGAGCUGAGCCUAAAAAUAACUGGCUUUUCUAAAUUGGGAGAAAAUUAUAAAAAAAAAAAAAAUUGGCGACUACUAAAUUUAAAAAUAAAUAAAUAAAAGUACAAACCAAGAUAGUCACUUUGGAAAGCUUGAAAAGUCCCUGUUUGUACCCCACUCGAUGGAACCUGGUUUAGGGUUACAAACUGAGGAGUGUUUUUUCCAAGGCAGUGUUUAACCUUCAAAGAGUCCUUAACAAAAAACCCUUAAUAAAGUCCUUAAAGAGUUAUAUGAAAAGGGCCCAUCCAUUCAUUACAGCCCCUCAAAUGCCCAAUGUGUUGAACUCUGCUGCAUCUUUCGAAGCGUUCUUCUGGGUGUAAUGAUUUCAACACAAACCCAGUGGAAAUGCUCUGCCAUGGAGCAGGUCGUUAGUUUGAGUGCGUCGUCGUGGAGAUCCCUCACUGUUUUGAGCAUUGUCACAGCGCCCCCUGUCUGUUGUAUGAAGCAGUUCUUUGCUUUCUCAGUAGAGUUGAAAAGCUCAGAGUCAGAUUUUGGUCGACCUUCUCUUUCUUUCUGAACUCUCAAUGUAUCGUACAGUGAUUUGUGUGAUGGGAUAUUGUAUUGUCUGUUACAUAUCAUAACCUGUCGUGCAUAUAUUUAAAUACACAUCCAAUUCAGACCAUUGCUAAA